AUGGAAGAAAACUCAGAGAAUUUAAAAGUUGCAAUUAGAGUUCGGCCAAUCCUGCCUAUCGAUAAAUUCCAGGAUUCUGUUGUCUAUUUAGAAGAAGUACUUUAUAAUUAGAAUAACAAUAUUAGAGUAAGUGAUGGCGACCAUUUCAUCGCUGCUUCUUAUGAUCGAAUUUUUCCAUCUGAUUCUUCACAAAACGAAGUUUUCGGAUAUGUAAAGUCAUCAGUCGAAGGCACUGUAAAAGGCUUCAACUGCACAAUUUUUGCAUAUGGGCAAACAGGAUCAGGCAAAACCUAUACAAUGUUUGGAUCUGAUUGGGAGCAAAAUAAUCCUGCUCCCCAAGUGUAUUAUAAGCAGCCACAAAACAGAAGUAUUCGAAAGUAUAAAUCAGCAAGCCCCAGCCAUAUGUUCAAUGAUCCAUCUAAAUACGGGAUCAUAUUGAACUCGAUUCAUCAUUUAAUGGAAUAUGCUGAAGGUAAAUCUUUUACAUUUUAUUGUUCCUUUCUACAGAUUUAUAAUGAAAAAAUAUAUGAUUUACUCCAAAAUGCAACAAGAGAUAAGCCUUUGAAUAUAAGAGAAGACAAAGUGAAUGGGAUUUUUGUGGAGAACCUUGCAGAAUAUGUCGUGCAAAAUGCAGCUGAUUGUUUUUACUUGCUUGAGCAAGGAGAUAAGAAUAGAAUAGUCAGGCAAACUCGAUAUAACCAUCAUUCAAGCAGGUCACAUACGAUUUUUCAAAUUCUGUUAGAAAGUGAUAAAGCUAAUAAGCGAGGAGUUUUGAAGAAAGCUAAGCUAAAUCUUUGUGAUCUUGCAGGAUCAGAAAAAUAUGAUAAAGACUCCAAUAUGGUUAAAGAGCAUAUCCAAGAAAUGACACUUAUUAAUAAGUCUUUAUCAAUAUUAGGGAAAGUUAUAAGCGCUCUUGGGUCUCAAAAUUCUGCUCACAUUCCUUUUAGAGAGUCUAAGUUGACAAGGAUUUUGCAAGACUCAUUAGCAGUCAAUACAAGAACAAUUUUAAUUGCAACUGUUUCUCCUUCAUUAGAAUAUAUAGAAGAGACAAUAAAUACUUUAAAAUUUGCAGACAGGGCUAAACAAGUGAUGGUUAAAAUAAAGAAAAAUGAGAUUUCAGCCACCAAUGAUCAAUUGGUUUCAAAGCUCCAGAGAGAAAUACAACAUUUAAAAGAUAUGUUAAAUUUAAGGAAAAAAGGAGGGUUUCAAGAAAUCAAUCAGCAAAUAUGAAGCUUAAAGGAAGAAAAUGAGCGACUUAAGAAAAUUACUCGAGACAUAACAGUUGAUUAGAUUAGAUUAAGAUAAUUAUAGCGAGUCUUAAGGAUUAUUUCAGCCCAAAUCAACUCAUCAGUCGCCCUGACCUAUUUACCACUCGCAACCUCUUAAAAAGUAUAACUGUUGAAGAAGUGGAAAAACUUAAACAAGAAAACAAAAACCUAAGGCUGGAACUCCAAACUUUUAAGCAAAUGGAUUCAACAGAAAAUUCAUUUUUUGUGACAGCAUCUCAAUCCAAAUCUUCUUCAUCAUCCAAUCAAGUUCGCGAUUUUCCUCCACCCCCUCAAAUAAAGGAUAUUCUGCCUGCUCUAGAAUCUGGAGCUGGUAUACAGUCAACAUUGGAAGAGUGACGGAAAAAAGAUUUAGAAAAUGCUGUUGAGAACUUGAAGUUCAAAAUUGGAAAAGAAGGAAGAUGUCCAAUCUGCACCCUAAAACCACCUUGCAAACACUAUUUAUCAUCAGAUGAAAUUCCGAAGCCACAGACCCCUCCAAAAGAAGUCCUGCCAUUGCCUACUUAUCCAAGACAAACUCGUUCUUCCACAGUCAGAUCAGAAAAUACUGAAACUCCUCGGUCCAAUCUCUCUUUCAAUGGAUUGCCCAAACAUAUGACAAUCCGAUAUAGAAACAGCAGCGCAAAGGUUGAAGAAACCGCUGGAUAUUCUGAGUACGUAGAAACUGAAAAAAGGAAGAAAUUCAUGAAGGCUGCAGAAAAUAAUAUGAUAAAAUUGGCAAAAAUUGAGGCUUAUAGAGAAGAAAAAAUCAAAAGAGAGCUUGAAAAACUUGAAGAAGAAAGAAAAAAGGAAGAAGAAGAUGAAAUAAAGCAGCAACUGCAGGAAUUAAAGCGAAGAAAGUAUUUAGAGCAGCAAAAAAAGAAGCUUGAAGAGCUCAGAGUUUUGAAGGAAAAAGAGCAGAUAGAGAUUUCUAUGAAAAGAAAGAGUGAGGAAGAAGAAAAGUUGAAAAAAUUGAAAAAAGAAAAAAAAUAUUUCGACUCACAAGUAAGAAUUAUAUAGAAAAAGAAAAUUGUAGAGCAUAAUAGAAAGAAAGCGUUAAUUGAUGGUAUCAUGAUGGAUCAGAUUGACGAACUCAGUAAUUUAUAAGCAGCAAACAAUGUAUUAAACAGCAAAUCAUCAGGAAGAUCUGAAAGAACAAUUAUUGGAAAGCUGAGUUAA